UAUUGACAACCUCUCCCUCCUUUUUUUAGAGUUUGCAUGAGUGAAGCGCUCACGAGCGCUGCCAGUGGACAAUCAGACCAGCACACCCACCUUCCACACUCACUCGCAUAUCUCAUUUUCUUACUCCAAAUUACGUCGCCGAGGCUUGUUGGCGCGGAAAAAACACCGGAGAGAAAUUAGUUUGAAGUGCACGCCGCAGUGAAGCAGCGAAUCAGCCACAAUCCAACAUGGAGUCCCCGCCUGAUCCAGCGAGCGACCCGGGCAACAGCGCUUCGGAGCCGGCUACCCCGGUCAGGGAAACCCCGGUAAGCCUGGAGACGCUCCGGAAAGCGGACCAACCAGCCCCGGUUCGAAGGCAGACCUGUUCGAGCACCAACAGAGGUAUCUCAGUAACAAAGAAAACACACACCUCUCAAAUCGAAAUAAUUCCCUGCAAGAUCUGUGGAGACAAAUCAUCAGGCAUCCACUACGGUGUGAUAACAUGUGAAGGCUGUAAGGGCUUCUUCAGGAGGAGUCAGCAGAGCAAUGCGGCCUACUCGUGCCCCCGCCAGAAGAACUGCCUGAUCGACCGCACCAGUCGCAACCGCUGCCAGCACUGCCGGCUGCAGAAGUGCCUGGCAGUGGGCAUGUCACGGGAUGCGGUCAAGUUUGGCCGCAUGUCCAAGAAGCAGCGAGACAGCCUCUACGCUGAGGUCCAGAAGCACCGGCUCCAGCAGCAGCAGCGGGACCAUCAACAGCAGCCUGGAGAGGCGGAGCCGCUCACACCGAGCUAUGGCCUCACGGCCAAUGGCCUCACAGAGCUCCACGACGACCUCAGCGGCUAUAUGGACGGCCACACCCCCGACGGCACCAAACCCGACUCAGCCGUCAGCAGCUUCUACCUGGACAUCCAGCCCUCCCCGGACCAGUCCGGCCUGGACAUCAACGGCAUCAAGCCCGAGCCCAUUUGCGACUUUGCCCCCGGCUCGGGCUUCUUCCCUUACUGCUCCUUCACCAACGGAGAAACUUCCCCCACCGUGUCCAUGGCAGAACUAGAGCACUUGGCCCAAAAUAUCUCCAAAUCACACAUGGAGACAUGUCAGUACCUGAGAGAGGAGCUGCAGCAAAUGACCUGGCAGGCCUUCCUGCAGGAGGAGGUGGAGAGCUACCAGAGCAAGCCGCGGGAAGUCAUGUGGCAGCUGUGCGCUAUCAAAAUAACAGAGGCCAUUCAGUAUGUGGUGGAGUUCGCCAAGCGCAUCGAUGGCUUCAUGGAGCUGUGUCAGAAUGAUCAGAUAGUGUUGCUGAAAGCAGGCUCUUUGGAAGUUGUGUUUGUCAGAAUGUGUCGUGCCUUUGACUCACAAAACAACACGGUCUAUUUUGAUGGAAAGUACGCCGGGCCGGAUGUGUUCAAGUCAUUAGGCUGUGACGACUUGAUCAGCUCCGUCUUCGAGUUUGGGAAAAACUUGUGUUCUAUGCACCUGUCUGAGGAUGAGAUCGCCCUGUUCUCCGCCUUUGUGUUGAUGUCUGCUGAUCGGUCCUGGCUUCAGGAGAAAGUGAAGGUGGAGAAACUCCAGCAGAAGAUCCAGUUGGCUCUCCAGCACGUCCUGCAGAAGAACCACAGAGAGGAUGGUAUCCUUACAAAGUUGAUAUGCAAAGUGUCGACACUGCGGGCGCUGUGUAGUAGGCAUACAGAAAAGCUGACGGCUUUCAAAGCAAUAUACCCAGACAUUGUGCGUGCCCACUUCCCCCCCUUAUAUAAGGAGCUGUUUGGAUCAGACUUUGAGCAGUCCAUGCCCGUUGACGGGUAGCAGCCCCGCCAGGCGCCACGGCGCCCACCGUAUGGGGAAUGUGGAGGAGGAAUCUGAGACACUUUAUAUUGGUGCCCUGCACGGACCAGAUGGGACAAGAUGGCACGCUGCUCAACAUCUUCUUUUACAUGGAAGAGUCGGGCCGAGGGAGUUGAUUCUCAUGGUUUACUUUUGUGGUUCUCUUUGGAAGACUGAGGGAGGGAGCCAACACACCCACUGAGAUGAGGACAAGCAAUUUUGGCCCAGCUGAACUUGACCAUCUUUUGGGCAUUUCUUCAACAAAACUAAUGCUAGAUGUCAAUCACAUGCUCAUUCACUGAUGGACUUAUUGACUUAAAAUUGUACAAACGAUUCAUUUUGGCGUUCACAUGUUCCAUUGGAGCAUCCAUACUUGUGUUAACUUUGAAAAAACUGCAAUAAUUCUCUUCAUUUAAAGCAGUUGCACACAUUCAAACAUGAAAUGCUCACAUGUUGGUCACGUUCAGCUGUUUUUUUUU